AUGGACGUGAUAAGACCUGGACAUGCGCAUAGGAGUAGUUCGGAUCGGUUGUUGAAUAAUUAUCUUGAUUCUCAAAAAGGUCUAGCAACAGCCCUUCUCACCCUCCUCUCUCAUUCUCACUCCUCCACAUCAUCUCUACUAGCCUACGUAACCUCUUCUCCAGGUGUCAUUCCUCCUAUCCGUCGUGCAGUUCGUCACGCAGCAUUCGAAGGACCUCUUUCCGCUUCUUUACUAGAAAAUGCAGCAUACCACGAACACUCCACUUCACCCGAUACAGGUACACCCGGUUGGGCAGCCUACGUAUCUUCACUCGAACAAUUCCGGAAAGAUCUCAAACAGAUCCAUUUACUUGAAGAAGAGUUGAGUCGAGUGAAAAGAGAUAGAGAGAUUUUAGUCACGAGAUUGAUCAAGACUACCAAGACUAAACCUACAAGAAACGAUCUGAGUGCUAUGGCGAAUAGCUAUUCUCAAUCUGGUUAUGGAAGGGAGAAUAUGAGUUCUAGAGCUUCUGUUUUAUCUGUUAGUUCAGGAGGGAGCGUAGUGACGAAAGAAGGAAAGAGAGCUGGGAAGUUGGCAGAAGCUCAGGCGGAAUUGUUAGGUUGUGAAGAACAUUUAAGGGGGUUGGAAGUUAGGAUAGAGGCGGAGAGAAAUAAAGUCAUGUUGAGAGGUUUGGAGGAGAGGUUUAAGGCGAUGGAGGUGGUGGGUCAGAUGUGGGUAGGUCAGGCUAAAAGAGGCUUGGAUGAGUUGGUUAGGGUACAUGGCGCUUCAGAGACAGCUUACGAGAACGACUCGGCCAAUGGAUCCAUCGCUCCGUACGAAUCCGCAUCUCAAAGUGGCUAUGAAGACCACUCCGGCCAUCAUCUCCACAAAAGUGGUCAUCUCAAUGGCGCCGGUUCUAUCACUGGAAGUAUAGCGGAAGAAGAUGAGGAUGGUUCAUCCACCGAUGAAGGACACGGACGGGCACUAGUUGUUCAUGAAAAUCGACCCGGUGGUCGUUCCCCUGUCCGGGCUAACACUGCCAGCCGUGCUCAUCGACCGAAUCGACCAUCGCCUCUAGGGGUUCCAUCAGUCGUCGCUCCUCGACCUCAAUCUUCAGCCGCCUACAACAACCCUCGAUCUGGCGGACGCAGAGUGGCAAGUGACGUCGGUGCUUCCAGUUACCACCCACCAGCCAGUAGACAAUCCCUUCGAAGAACAUUCUCUCAUGAAGAUCGUAGAGCUGGAUCUGAUACUUCAAGUGUUCGUCAAGGUUCGACAGGAGGGAAGAAGAAACGUGGUUUCUUCGCCAGUCUUUCCCGGUUUUUCAAAGGUCCCAAAAAGCCCGAAGGUUCAAGGACGGGAAGAGAUUCCCCUGCCUAUGGUGCUUCUUCAACCAAGUGGCACACUCGGACGGAAAGCAAUAUCAAACGAGUCAGCACUUUUGGUCGAUCCGCUGCAGACUCCAGCUCAGACGAUGAAGGGGGUAAUUUAGUUUCGGUCAAUAAUAAUCGAGAUAACACAUGGUCUGUCGAUCAAGUGGGAAGAGUUCCUUCAAAGGCUCACAAACGCUCUUCAACCUUACCAGUAGCUUCCGGUCUCAUACCACCUAAACCGACAAAGUCUGAUCUUGGAGCGAACAGGGUGGGCGGGUCGCAAUCAACCCUCACGAUGAAGAACACUGCUUCUAAACGUGCUACAUCACCUUUACCUGUAGGUGCAAAGGCAACAGGUGCGGCUGCUCCCACCUCGGGUACGUUGGGUAGAUCAGGAACUGUCAAGUCGACCCAAUCAGCAACUUCGACUGGGACAGUCAAGAAGACGAGACAAAAUGGUACUGCACAAGGUAGAAACAUUAUGUCAAUGAUCGAAACUAAGGACGCAGCGCCUGUCAUGCCUGAAGUACCUAAGGCUCCAAGAAGUCAAAUCACACCUCAGAUGGAACUUGUCAAAGCACCCGGAACUUCCAUCAUCCCAGCUUCAGCAUCUGCUCCAGUUCUUAAAUCUGCUCCGAUGUCUAAACCUACCGUUCCUCUUCCUAAGACAGUUGCUCCUGCCACCAACGGUGACCUCCCUCGACCAUUGUCACGAAUUAACAGUGUCAAGAAAGUCUCACAACCCCCAACUGCGACAUCAACUGCACGUUCUUCCACCCCUUUACCUCCAUCACGAACAUUGGCUCCACCUCUGAAAUCAGCUAUGCGUCCUACCAGUCCCAGCCCCCCGACCGAGGCUCCACUUACGCUUCCUCCUCCUAAUCUCUUCACCAUCACCGCUCCAGGACCGGUCCAACUUCCUGUGGAGGAAAAGCCCAUUCCGAAACAGAUCAGACCUGCUUCACCUGUCAAGCGUCUCUCGUAUCAGUCGACCAACACCGAAGGUGGAAGCGUGUAUGAAUCUGCAAACGACUUCUUCGACGCUGAGGAUGGUGCGGAUUCGUCUUCAUCUGAAGAUGAGUUAGAGGGAUAUCAAGUCGUGGAGAAUUCCUUGAACGCUAAAGCGGGGGAAGUAGCAGGAUCACCGAAAGUUGAACGUAUCCAUUCUGAAGCACAUGGGGUGGAAGAGGUUCACUCGGAUUACGCUUCCGAUGAUACAGAUACAGGCAAAACUCUUGUUCCAUCUGCGCAAAUUCUGCCACAACAACAAUCACCACAACCUGCACAAAACUCCACUUUGGAAUCCAUUCCAUCGAAGGAGAUGACAGAAUCUCCAGGGGCUGUCCGUAGAAAGAGCGUCAGGAUGGCAGUUCCAGAUUCACCAGCUGAACCUCAUCCACCUACAGGAUCCCCGCUCAAGUUACCCGCUACUUUGAUGGACGAAGAAAGAGCACCGAGUCCUGAACCGGAACGUCCAACGGGUCAAUGGAGCAGUAGGAUAUCUACGGGUGUGAGGGAAGAUGAAAGUGAGGAAAGUGAUCAGGACGAAACUUAUAAGAAAGCGAAAAAAGGGUUGGUGAAGAACACAGGGAGAUGGGAAGCUGUACAGAUGGCUAAAGAGGCAGGGGAGAGGUUAAAAGCUAAGAGAAGUGGGGCGGGUGGGGCGGGUAGUGCCAGGAGUUCCAGCAGGAGGAGUGUCAGAUGAGAUGGAAAGAGUCGCAAUGAAGCACUCGUAUGAGUGUAAGAGAAGGAUGAGAGGUAAAAGAUCAAGUGAGGUUUAUAAGAGGUUUUUGCAUCUGAAGGGAUCUUUGUUGAACAGAAUGGGAAUUGGAAAUUAAUGUAAUGGAGCGUAUAAUGAUAUGGAUAAUUUUCUACUGCU